GUUACCUAAUAUACUGCCACGACGUUGCUAGCUUUGGGCGGUCAUGCAGAUGCCUCUCUGAGGAAACAAUUGUGCCUAUAAAGCCAGGACAAUUUUCUCCUUGACUUUCCUUCUGUCGGUAUCCUCAACUUCUGUCAAGGACUUCGCAUUUGCACCUUGAAUCGGUUAGGAUAAAAGCUUUGAUACACUGCUACUACUUUUUCUUAACCUCUUGCGAAAUCAAGAGUCAAGCACCUUGGUUCUACAAACAAUACUUGGAAACAGAAAAAACAGCACUCGACAUACUCAACACCGGUAACCGAUACACUCGAAAAACUGCUCGGAUACACUCUAAAAUGACUAACUGCUUCGUCAUAUCUGCCAACGGCCAGACCAUGGUCACCUACAACACCGCAUUAGCCUUGACAACUAUGAUCUCACGACCUUCCAUGCGGGAGAUCGCAUUAUUCCCAACCUACAAGGCCUCGGUGGUCGACAUCAACAAGAAUGACACGGCAACUUCAUCGGGCUGCACCAGUCGACAGCCUUCAUCAUCAUCGACAAAGUCCACAACCAAGUCAAAGUUUGCUCCAGCCACUGGUGUCAAGUCCACAACAUGUGUCAUCAAAGCGAAUGAAGAGGCCGGCCGUGACACUGUCUCAUACCCAAUUCUUGAUAGAGUCUCCCACAUGGCCGUCGGUGCUGAACGAGCACCUUCGAAUCGACUGCCUAAGCAGGAGUUUGUCUCCGGCUGCGAAUAUCGCAAUGCCCACGGCGGCGACAUUGACGGCGCCUGCAAAUGUCGAGGAAAACACGUCAAGUUCCCAGACACCAAGUUCCUGCCUCACCGAUCCACAGAUGGGCAGGAGCAGUGGGUGCCAGCACGAGCACCAAGCCCUGCUCCCUAUCUGACACGCGUUGAGUACAUGAACCGCAACUGGGCCCUUCGAUAUCAAGAAAUCUGCCAAAACUCCGUAAUUGCAAAUGAGACCAUCGUACAAUGGGACGACGAGGUGCGCAUAGAGCGCUACGGAGCCAAGCCAGCGGAAGAGAUAUUGUUCAUCAAGCGGUUCAUGAACAAGCGACAAAUGCCAAUGAAGCAUCAGGACGAACGGUUCAACAUCGAAAAAGAACAAGCCGCUUCCAAAGAAGCAAUGCUAAAGCACAUCCAAUGGGAAAUCGACACCUACGGCUGCACCCUCGAACGACUUGAGUUCGAGGACUUCGGCUGGGACCAUGAUGAACACCUCAUCUACGAACUGAGACGAAAAAGAGCCGAUAUAAAAAACACUUCUCACACGCCCGUCUUCAAGCUUCGGGAUGCCAGAGCUGAGCUCGUUGAGAAGCUCAAGGCCGCCAACAUCAACACAACCACCACGAGGCCAACCCACCCACUACGAACCAACAAGUUCGCCGAUGACCACAAGACCAAGCGCUGCAUCAUCGCCACCAAUGUCCAAGAAAUGAAAAUCAAGGAGGAGACUAAAGAGCAAGUCGAGGCUUUCGAUGCCAAGCCUGCCGGACCUGCUCAGCGAAGCAGGAGGAUCAGAAUAUCCAGGGCCAAGCGGAAAAGAGAGCUAUUGCGCCAAACGGACGCCAUAAUCGGUUCCCGAGAUGCUGGGUCAGCGAAAAGAAUCCACCAACGACAACAUCGAGGUCAGCAGAAGCACCCAGUCUCAGGCGCCAACGUCCCUCUCGGACCGCGACCAGAAGCUCGCAGCACACCAGAAGGGGGAAAAGCAGAACUAUAGCAGGGCUUUCGAGAAGGCCAUGUUUGCGGAUUACAAUAAUGAAAGGGCAAUUGUGAAGGAGAUGAGGCAGGAAAUAAUUAAGGUAGGUUUGCUUGUAUCGAAAGAAAGGUGAUAUUCGGGGAAGGUGGAAUAGCUUCCGAGUUUUGGGGACAGAAAUGGAAACUAGGAUUAAUUUUACAUAUAGCAGGUUCUUGAUAUUAGAAAACCACAUGAGAGGUUAUCGGUAAUGGUCAGGUCGAAGUAAGGGAACCAAAUUCUGAUUGGGUGAAAAGAUGAAUUUGUUGCCUGGGUUCCUUGGUCGUUUUUGCCAUCUUGGCUGGCAAUGUUUGUGACCUCGAACCGAGCAAAGCUCCUUGAACUACAUCAGGUUACCUUAAACUGGUGCCGAUUCUUUGGUUUAAAUUUCCACUAAAGGUCGAAUGAAACUAAACAUUGCUUAAGGAACAU